AUGAUCACAAUAAUAUGGAGCUUGUGUUUAUUCUUCUGUCUUUCUCACUCAACACUUGUUCUUGCUAAACACUUGUGUCUUCCAGAUCAGAGGGAUGCUCUUUCAGAGUUCAAGAACGAGUUCUAUGUCUACAAGUUAUACUCCUUUAUGGAUGAUAAGAAGACAGAGACGUGGAGGAACAACACUGAUUGUUGUUCUUGGGAUGGUGUCUUGUGUGAUGAUAAGACAGGCAAUGUCGUUGAGUUAAACCUCUACGGCAGUGAACUCAACGGCCCUUUGAGAUCUAAUAGUAGCCUGUUUAGACUACAACAUCUUCAGAGCCUGAAACUUGGCUCGAAUAAUAUCUCGGGUAUUCUACCGGAUUCCAUCGGCAACCUCAAAUAUUUGAGGGAUUUGGAUCUUCCGUAUUGCAGUCUCUUUGGAAAAAUUCCUUCUUCACUUGGAAAUCUUUCUCAUCUCACUACUCUUGCUCUUUCUGAUAAUGAUUUCACCGGUGAACUACCUGAUUCGAUGGGGCAUUUAAAUAAUCUGACAGAGUUGCAUCUUGGAUGGGCCAUGCUCAAUGGGAAAUUUCCUCACUUGCUACUCAACUUGAGCUCGCUCAUGUGGAUCGACCUUGGUUCUAACCAGUUCAAAGGUAUGCUCCCUUCGAACAUUAGUAGCCUUUCCAAAUUGGAAGUUUUUGAUAUUAGUGACAAUUCCUUUUCUGGAACCAUUCCCUCUUCUCUCUUUAUGAUCCCUUCGUUGUUUGAACUUAACUUGGGAAGUAACGACUUCAGUGGUCCUCUUGAGUUUGGGAAUAUCUCUUCACAAUCUAACCUUCUAAAAUUAGACAUUGGAGAAAACAAUUUCUACAUCGUUGAUUUCAGCAUCUUCUUGCAUUUCAAGUUACUAGAAGUGCUGGAUCUUUCAGGGAAUCAUUUGAAGUUCAGUUCAACUCCCCAUCUUCUCUUACCCAUGAUAGUGUAUUUGGAUUUAUCAUCUUGCAAUAUUUCUGAAUUCCCAAAAUUUCUAGAAAAUCAAACCAGUUUGCAAGAAUUAGAUAUCUCUGCCAAUCAAAUUAAAGGCCAAAUACCGGAGUGGCUAUGGAGACUGCCAAGAUUGCAAGUUGUAAACAUUGCUCAAAAUUCCUUCGGUGGAGAACUAACUAUGUUACCAAACUCUAUUAUCAAUACCUUUAUAGCCUCUGAUAAUCAGUUUUCGGGAGAGAUUCCUAGAGCAAUAUGUGAAUUAGAUAAUCUUGGUACACUUGUUUUAUCCAACAACAACUUCAGCGGUUCUAUUUCACGGUGUUUUAAGAAUGUUAAUUCUUCUAUUUCGAUCUUGCAUCUUCGGAAUAACAGUCUCUCUGGUAUUAUUCCAGAGGAAAUUAUCAAUGAUGGCUUGAGAUCACUUGAUGUUGGUGGCAAUUUGUUAUCAGGAAAACUUCCCAAGUCUCUUAUCAACUGCACUAGUCUCGCGUUUCUGAACGUGGAAAAUAACCGAAUCAAGGACAAAUUUCCAUUCUGGUUGAGUUCGUUACCCAAUCUACAGAUUCUUGUCCUUCGUUCCAACCAGUUCUAUGGGCCAAUAUUUUCUCCUGGAUAUUCUUUGAGUUUCCCCAUCCUACGAAUUUUUGACAUUUCAGAUAAUAGCUUCAGUGGAGUCUUACCAUCAGAUUACUUUGUUGGUUGGAGUGUAAUGUCAUCAUUCGCAAUCAUUUAUCUUAAUGGGCUUCUACCUAGGGAUUUCUUAUAUGACAUUCAUCAGAGAUCUGUGUUUCUGACGGUUAAAGGAGUGGAACGGGAGCUGGUUGGGAGUGGUUACGAUAUCUACAAAAACUUCGAUGUCUCCGGAAACAGACUCGAAGGAUAUAUUCCAGAAUCCAUUGGUUUACUCAAGGAACUGAUUGUACUCAACAUGUCAAACAACGCUUUCACAGGCCAUAUUCCACCAUCUUUGUCAAACUUGACCAAUCUCGAAUCAUUGGAUCUGUCUAAAAACAGAUUAUCCGGCAGUAUCCCAACAGAGCUCGGGAAACUCACGUUUCUAGAGUGGAUGAACUUCUCGUACAACAAGCUUGAAGGUCCAAUACCAAUAGCCACUCAGAUUCAGAGCCAGAACAUAUCUUCUUUCGCAGAGAACCCCGGGCUUUGCGGUGCUCCUCUCCUCAAAAAAUGUGGUGGAGAAGAAGAAGAAGCAAAAAAGCAAGAACAAGAUGAAGAUGAAAAGGAAGAAGAAGAUCAAGUCUUUAACUGGGUUGCAGCUGCAGUAGGCUAUGUACCUGGUUUGUUCUGUGGACUCACCAUCGCCUACAUUCUCACUUCAUAAGGUAAGAGUUCCCCCAGCUUUUUCUACUUUUCUC